AUGAAGUUCUCCACCUCAGCAGUUAUCUUCAGCCUCCUCGCUGGCUCGCUGGCCCUCAUCAUCGACAACGAGGGUGUCCAGAACUCUCCCCGGGACCUGUUUGACGUUGUCCCCAGGGCGACCGUCUCUCAGACCAGUGCUGAUGGAGCCAAUCCCGCUAAAGAGAAGAGGGCUGGCGACGCACCACAGCAGUUCAAGGACAACAAUGGCCGGACCAUCGUCAACGGCGGCUGCUGCAACAACGGCGUCAACCUACGCCAGGAUAUUUGCCAAAUCGGUGGUCAAGGCGGCCGGUGUAUUCCCGCAGCCAAAACCCGCGAGGGCUGUGUCGGGCUUACUUGCGUCGCCGACACCGUGCUUUCGUGUGAUCCCAACGUCAAGGACCGCGGACGUGACAAGUGUGUUCUGGACCCAGCCAAGGACAAGGGGGGAAGUGGGGCUCAGGCCAAGGCAGGAGAGGGAGCUGCGGCAGGACAGGCUGCCGCUUCAGGACAGGCGGCCAAGGCGGGAGAUGCCAAACAAAAGGGCCAGUAA